AAGGAGAGAUGCGGCAGGGCAUCAUUCGUUGGUGUUUAGCUCGGCUCAUCAUAGUAGUAAUUUUUUCUCCAGCACAUGCACAGCGCGGAAGCUGUCUGCCAAAAGUUUUCUUCGCGAAUCGCCAAAAAUUGAGUGCAAAUUUGGUGCUAGUGGCCCCGGUAAAGUGGUGCAUCCGGUCGAUGAAGGUGUGACCGACUGAAAGUGCUUAUCGAACGGUGGAAUACGAGGUAUUAAUUCAGCAGAACGCUACACGGAAAGCACAGAACGCGAUGUCGUCGAAACGUAAAUCUCCCCCUAACAAACUCUCAAAUGCUGCCUCCCCUUCGACGGUUCAGAUAGAGAAGAAUAACUUUAAGAAAAUCUCGCUCAAGAAUGAAGACCUGAUCAGAUCGUCACCGGUGAAGGAGUUGAACUGCUCGUUCGACUCCAGCUUCCUGUCGAUGCAAAAAAUGCAGGCCCAAAUGGAACCAAAGUUCGUGAAGAACGAACACAGCGAGUACAUUAUGGGUGGUGGCGGCAUUGGUGGUCACUAUCACCAUCAUCACCACUCCCAGCAGCAUCCCUUCGGGGGUCCGGGAGGAAUCCCCGGCCAUCCGCUGAUGAUGGAUGGAGAUUUUCAUCAGUUCAAUUUGCCAUUUCUCAACGUUGCCAGCUACAUUUUGAAGGGUUCGGAUCCGGCGAUCGGGAAGCACGAAAACUAUCAUUUGACUAUGAAUCUGGACAAUUUGAACAUCUCCAACAGCCAUCCGGAGGGGAUCCCAAUUCAGCCACCACAGCAGCAGGCUGCCCCACGAAAAGUGAACAAUUUGAUAUUGAACCAUUUGAAGUCGAUCGUGGAUAACUUCGACAGCUUGAAUAAUAACAAUGUUAAUGAUAAAAACACUUACUCGCCUCCUCCACCACCACCAUCGAUGGUACCACCGCCGCAACAAGCUACGCCUGUUAACAAUUCCCCUAUCAUCGAUGACCCCAUCGGAGUUCCUCCGAUGAACAACCAUAACGCCGAGAAGAACAACUAUGAAGGCUUUCGGUCACGAUUGGACGAACGCAUCAGCAAUCUACACUUGAGCAAGCGGGAAAUAAAUCUGAUGAGACUCAAUCUCAGUCUGCUGGAUUUUCCAAACGAGAUACCACCGAGUCUGCUGAACAAUCGGUACGGCGGAUCGCAUGAGAGACCCCCGCAGGGUGACGACCUGAACUGUAGCACCUCGCAGAAUAAUAUGAAUAUCAAAUUGAUUAAAAGAAGCUUCAAGGAAUCGCUGUACGAGAAGGAGAAGAACAUCAACCGACUGAUCAUGUAUUUCACCAUUUGGCGCGAGAUGCUACUCAAGGCAGAGUUUGUAAGCGAGCACCAGUGCCGCCGGACGGCAGCCAUGCCUGGAAGUGGAUUAAAACAGGAGGGCAUCCGAAUCGGUUCAGCCCCGUUCCGUGAUACGGCGAAUAAUGCCGAGAACAAAAAGUACAAAUUUAACAACAAUUCCAAAACCAAUCUGGAUCCAUCGCUGAUACCGCCAAGCUCGACGGUAGUCAGUGGACCCCAAUUCGAGCCGUCGACGACGACCUCAGCGGCCGCGGCGGCUGCAGCUGCCGCAGCAGCAGUGGCCACUGCCUCCUCAACAAUAUCUCGCAGCGCGCUCCAGCCGAGCGUCACCCCGACGGCAUCCACAUCCACGACGGACUGUGAAACGCCCGGGGAGGAAGCGAACGACGUUGAUAACUGCAUCCAGCGCUACCGGAAUGUAUUCCAGGCCAUAUCGAGCAAAGCACAAUCGGAGGCGCCACCGAACAGGGUGAACCCUAGGAAGAACGCUAGAAAGCGUCCAUCAGGCUUGCCGGACGAGCUGCUCACCAGUAAAUCUUCGCCGAUCGAUCUGCGUUCCGGGCCGACGACGCCGUCGUACGAGAUCGAGUACGACAGAAAGGAAGACCAAAGAUACGCGAAGGACGAUGCGCCCAUCAACUUAAGCAAGCGGAAAAACGAGUAUCCAGAGAGUCCGAUGCGUGAGCUCAACAAUGGCAACAAGCUGACGGGGAGUCUCUUCAAUCACUGUGAUUCGGAGGAGUUCGGCGGACUGCCACCGAACGCCAUCUCCUUGCUCGAUAAAGAUUCGGAAAAGUAUUUGCUCAAACCAAAACGGGAACGGCUCGACCCCGAGCCAAGCUUGUUCGAUUACAAACCGGAAGCGUUGAAGCCUAAGUUAAGUUUAUAUCAAUCGCCAAGUCCUCACCACAGUCCGGAUGAGAAGCAGCUUUUGAACGAUGCCGGGUACUCACUUCCACAGCCAUUCUUCAUCAAAAACCCGGACGCUCAUUGCAGUCCGGUUCAUCCGCCGGGUCUGCCGGUGCCCUUCAACAGUAAUGCCAUGCUGGACAACAUGAAUCGCCAUCUGAUGCGACAGCAGCAGCAGAUGAGUGCGAGCGUCGCUCCCGGGAGUAGCAAAAAGGAUAAAUCCAACCAGCUGGCGAUGGAUCUGAACUCCGCGGAGCACAGUUCCUCGCGGCGCUCGUGUGCGGAGAAGAACCACAUCAAGCGCCCGAUGAACGCAUUUAUGGUUUGGGCCAAGGACGAGCGACGCAAGAUACUGAAGGCCUGCCCGGAUAUGCACAAUUCCAACAUUUCCAAAAUACUCGGCGCACGCUGGAAAGCCAUGACCAAUCUCGAAAAGCAGCCAUACUACGAGGAGCAAGCCAAACUCUCCAAGCAGCACAUGGAGAAACAUCCGGACUAUCGGUACCGGCCGCGACCCAAGCGGACCUGCAUCAUCGAUGGCAAGAAGAUGCGGAUCUCCGAGUACAAGUGUCUGAUGAAGAACCGACGGCAGGAGAUUCGACAGUUCUGGACGAGGGAUUACGACGGUGCGAGCGACCAGGGCGGUUGUCCGCUGAAGGAAGCCGGCAAGGUGAUUAAGAACGAGGCCAUGUGAGGUGGGUUGAGACCCAAUAGGGGCGGGGCUUAGCGCACUUGGUGCGCACAUUGAACUGUGUCGGUUUGUCGUUUGCGGAUAUGGAGAUCUUGGAAGAAGAGAAUGUUUUUGAAAAAAUAAAAAAAAAUGACUAGAUGAGAGGUAAACUAAAACGCGUUUCAUUUUCAUGGGACUAUGAUGACGCUUUUCCAUCAAGCUGAAGGCUGUCAGUUCCCGUGACCUUAUCCAACCGAUAACCGAGGCCAAAUCAAUUAUGCAGGUAAUGCAUUGAACGAGAAAAAAAAAACAAAAAAGAAACCAGACUGCGACUAUUCAAGCCGCUCUUGCUCCAU